GAGCGAUGCGUUGCAGCUUAUAAAGCAUCUGCAGUUGAGCCGUUCACCCCUCCGUCCCCGCUGUCCUAUGAAUCAUUGAACCGAGCUGCUUCCCCAGAUCUACCGCGACCGUAAAGAUGGCGAACCGGGUCGUAAUAUUUUAUAAGACCAUGCAAGCUGCCCGAUGCCCGACAGAUGAGCUGUCGCUGACUAACUGUGCGGUCGUAAACGAGAAGGAUCUGCAGUCAGGACAACACGUGAGUGUGAAGACGACACCAAACCACAAAUACGUGUUUACAGUCAAGACCCAUCACACUGUUGCACCUGGAAGCAUCGCCUUCAGCCUCCCGCAGAGAAAAUGGGCUGGACUCUCCAUCGGCCAGGAGGUGGAAGUGUCCAACUACAACUUCGACAAGUCCAACCAGUGUAUUGGCGCCAUGACAAUCGAAAUCGACUUCCUGCAAAAGAAGAGCACCGACUCCUCUCCCUACGACUCGGACAAGAUGGCCGCCGAGUUCAUCCAGCAGUUUAACAACCAGGCCUUCUCUGUCACCCAGCAGUUAGUGUUCAGUUUUUGCGACAAGCUGUUUGGUUUGAUGGUGAAGAAUAUUGAGGCCAUGGACGCCAGCAUCCUGAAAGGAGAUCCAGCUUCGGCCAAGAAGCCACAGAAGAUUGACACCGGUCUGAUGGUGGGCAACAGCCAGGUCAUUUUUGAGAAGGCAGAGAGUUCUUCUCUCACACUAGUUGGAAAGGCAAAGACCAAGGAGGCACGGCAAACAAUCAUUAACCCUGACUGGAACUUUGAGAAAAUGGGGAUUGGAGGUCUGGACAAGGAGUUCUCUGACAUUUUCCGCAGAGCUUUUGCUUCCAGGGUUUUCCCUCCUGACAUUGUGGAGCAGAUGGGCUGUAAGCACGUGAAAGGGAUCUUGCUGUUUGGGCCGCCAGGAUGUGGAAAAACGCUGAUGGCCAGGCAGAUCGGCAAGAUGCUCAACGCCCGUGAGCCGAAGGUCGUCAACGGCCCAGAGAUCCUCAACAAGUACGUGGGAGAGUCAGAGGCCAACAUCCGCAAACUGUUUGCUGACGCGGAGGAGGAGCAGAAGAGGCUUGGCGCCAACAGCGGCCUCCACAUCAUCAUCUUUGAUGAGCUGGACGCUAUCUGCAAGCAGAGAGGCACCGGCGCUAGCAGCACUGGUGUGCACGACACGGUGGUCAACCAGCUGCUGUCGAAAAUCGACGGUGUGGAGCAACUUAACAACAUCCUUGUUAUCGGAAUGACCAACAGGCCUGACCUCAUCGAUGAUGCUCUAAUGAGGCCUGGCAGGUUUGAAGUGAAGAUGGAAAUUGGUCUGCCUGAUGAGAAGGGUCGUGUCCAGAUCCUAAACAUCCACACCAGCAAGAUGCGAAACUUCAACUUGCUGGCUCCAGAUGUGGACGUCAAGGAGCUGGCCCACGAGACAAAGAACUACAGCGGUGCCGAGCUGGAGGGGCUGGUCAGGGCAGCACAGUCCACCGCCAUGAACCGACAUAUCAAGGCUACCUCUACAGUUGAGGUGGAUAUGGAGCGGGCAGAGAAGCUGCAGGUCACCAGGGAUGACUUCUUAGGAUCCCUCAACAACGACAUCAAGCCGGCCUUUGGUACAAACCAGGAGGAUUAUUCCAGCUUCAUCAUGAACGGCAUCAUCAAAUGGGGUGACCCCGUCACCCAUGUCCUGGAUGACGGAGAGCUGCUCGUUCAGCAGGCAAAGAACAGCGAUCGCACUCCUCUGGUGGCUGUACUGCUGGAGGGUCCUCCCCACAGCGGAAAGACAGCCUUGGCAGCUAAGAUUGCAGAGGACUCUCAGUUCCCUUUCAUUAAGAUCUGCUCUCCAGACAAGAUGAUUGGAAGCUCAGAGAUCUCCAAAUGCCAGGCUAUCAAAAAGGUCUUUGAUGACGCGUACAAGUCCCAGCUCAGCUGUGUGAUGGUGGAUGAUAUUGAGCGUCUGCUUGACUACGUGCCCAUUGGCCCUCGUUUCUCCAACCUUGUGCUACAGGCUCUGCUGGUGCUGCUUAAGAAACCUCCACCCAAGGGCCGGAAGCUGCUCAUCAUUGGCACCACCAGCAGAAAGGAUGUUCUGCAGGAGAUGGAGAUGCUGGAUGCCUUCAGCACUACCAUCCACGUUCCCAACAUCUCCACUGGGGAGCAGUUAGUUGAUGCCUUAGAGCUGCUAGGAAGCUUUACCGAUAAAGAGCGAGCCAGCAUCGCGCAGCAGCUCAGAGGGAAGCGGGUCUGGAUCGGCAUCAAGAAGCUCCUGGUGCUCAUUGAGAUGUCUCUGCAGAUGGAUCCAGAUUACAGAGUGAUGAAAUUCAUGACUCUGCUGAGAGACGAGGGAGCGUUCAAUGACGGUGAUCAAAUCCGAAUUUAGGCUGCCGGUUGCUCUCUACUGUGAUCGCAGUUUGUAAGAGUAGAAGGAGCAAGUGGAAUUGAGGAGACUGACUAUAGCAAGAACCAACAAGGAUGGAGGAGCAGAAGAGAGAUCCGAUCCCAUGCCGUCUGUCCACCCACUGAUCUCCUGGUCUAAAUGAAUACCUGACAAACUCCUCUCAUCCACAGCAUGUUCCUCUGAGGAAAUGUCUCCGUAUCCCCUCCCUCCUGCUCACUGACAUCACAAGCAGCACUUAUUAACAUAUCGCUGCCAGCUAUCUGAAGUUGUAACGUUAAAGUCUGUUCUCUGUAAAGGAACUGCAAUAGGUGACUGUGGAGAAAAAAAAAGGUGUUGUUUCGUGCAUUGUGCGUAAAAAAAAAAAAUCAACAAAAAGCAGCGUUUUUAGCUCUACUAUCUGUUGUAUUUGUUGCAUUUUCCUCGUCCCACUGAUGGUAGUUAUUGUUGUGCAUUCUCACAAGAAGUAUAAACGCAACGCAGGCAAAAGUGACACAAAUGUGAUAUGAGAUGUGAAUAUAUGAGAGGCUUUUAGUGAUUUAGUCGUGGCUGUACAAAGAAGCGGUUUCAUGUGUAAAUGUAAUCCCUUUAAAGAUACAGUAUGCCAUUGUUCUGUAAAUAGUAUAUAUAUAUAUAAAUUGAGAGAAGGAAUACAGUAUAUCAACAGAAGAUGGAUAUUUCAUGGUUUAUCAGUAUGAUCCUCCUUGCUGUGGUGCUGGUGAUGUUGAUUUGACCAGAAAUAGGCUUUUUAGUGCAGUAAUAAAC